AUGUCUUCUACAAGUUGCAUGAGAAGGACAAUUAGAAAGUGGAAAAAGCAGCGGAAAGUUGACACAAAGAUCUCAGGGCCCAAGUGGUUCAAGCACAUCGCUGAGGAGAGUGACGUGGUCGCGAAGUCUGGGGACGACGCUGAUGAUUCGCAAGUCGAGGCAACUGCCCUCGAUGAGCCUUCCCAGGAGCCGAAGGCGAUGAAAGUUGCGGAGGGAUUCCGCGUGGGAGAAAAGAGGCCUGACAAGGCUCAAGAGGGCAACGUGACAGAGAAGCCAAUGGUUGCUCCUUCUCUCCCGAAGUUGCCGGUCGUUGUGGGCGGCAUCGCAGGGCCUGGAGUGGGCCACUUCAAAACCACGGCGCGUGAUUUGGGAGGCUCAGGCGGGUGUGGUUGGCUGGCGCUAGCCUUUGGGCUUGCUCAGGCCAAUGGAAAAACCUCGGAGGACAUCAUGGAAAGCAACAAGCUCGAGAACCUGGCAAAGUCCUUGCAUCUCCGAGUGUGUAACUACCUGACGGACCAAUGGACAGAAUGGCAGCAGCAAUGGAGCCCUGGAGACGUUGGAACCCACAACAAGCUCAUCAACAACGUCACUGAGGCGGGGGCUCCGGCAACAAACCUCACGGAGUUUCUCGAAGUCAUCAAGCGCCACAAAAGGUGGAUAUGUGGGCUCAUGCUUGCUGGCUUUGUCAGAAGCAAGAAAGUCAAUCUUGUGAUCUGGACAAAAGUCCUCGACGACAAUGAAGCGGUCUUGUCCUACGGCAACAGCGCCCCCACUAUCGCUGUCGUGAGGCAAGGCCAACACUACUUUGGUUUGGUUCGGCCACUGCGGGGGUUCCCUGCAGCAUGGGUGAGCAACAGCGAGGUUGAAGAGAUCGAGUGGACGCAAAGUGACUGGCAGCUACUCAGAGGAGGUGCUGACAACGACCAAUCGCCGGUCAAACUCAAAGCUUGGCGAGAUGACGCAUGGGUUGACGAGGCCCUCAACACGCCCACCGAAAAGCACAAGUCCAACUCUGCGACGCUUCAAUGGGGCUGCAAGUUUUGCUGCUUGAAGAUUGAGGGCGUCGAUGUCCGAAAGCACGCGCAGGCUGUGGUCGACCAUCUCAAUCGACGGCAUAAAGAAGAAUGUGCUGAGGAGAGGAAGAAGUGGAAGGCCGAAGGCUACUCCGGAAAGACUAGUGGCUUCGGCAAACGGAGCCUCACCGUCACUCAGAAAGUAGUGCACAUCUCGAAAGGUGUUAAGCCCUGGUGGAAGUGCCCUUUUUGCUCCAAAGGCUUGCUUCACAGUGUGUCCCACAACCCGGACAAGCGUGCAAAAAGGCUCCAUCUUGGAACUCAUGGCAAGACUAUGCUCCAAGCCUACAAGUUUGUGCAAAAGAAAGGCUGGUCAAAGAAGAUGCGAACAGCGGUCAUGAGCAGCAGAUGGGCUGCUGCGCUCAAAAGCAACGCAAAGCUCACGGAGAGAGGCCACGACAUCGAGAUGACCAAGAACCCCGGCAAGAGAGGCUUCCUGCGGUUUUGCAAAAAGUGCCUUGGCAUGACAAGAUCGGUCAAGCAGGCUGAGGACCGUGCCUGGUACUGGCGCUGCAAACUGACCCCAAGAAAGUGCGAGAACCUGAACUACGAGACCGUCAAGACGUGGGCGGCGAGGCCAAAAGACAUUAAGAAGUUCUUCGAGAAGGUCGGCUUUGAGCACGCUGAAAUCGUCAAAAUCCAGAAGAAGGCAAAGAAGAUCGCAGAGGGGCUGUGA